AUGGGCAAAAGGGGUGUUGGCCGGCCGAGAAUUCAGGCGGAAACACGCCGGAAAGGGGUGGAAAGGAAGAUCAUAACACAAGCCAUUGUUGAAAUAGAGGAACUUGUUGGGGAAAUUGAAGGAGUUUCGACAUUGCCGGAGGAAAAUUGCAUCAAUGUGGAUGAAUUGGAGAUUCCGAUGAUGAAGAGUGGUGAAGAACUGAAGCCUACGGUGAGAGAAGAUGAACCAAAACCUAAACCUUGGGUGGAGGUAAUUCAGGGAAAUAGAAGCUUGAAUCGUGGAAUGGCGGUGGAUUUCAUAGCUCCAACGUUCGUGAAAGGUAAAGCUGAAAUUACGAUAGAUGAAUCUGAUGUUUCUGAGGAAUUGGAAUUCUGGGAGAAUUCGAUCAUUCUCUUUGCACUAGGACAGUCUCUGUCUAUGAAUGCGGUUAAGAAGUUCAUGGAGAAGACCUGGAAUUUCAUUUCACUCCCAGAACUAUUUUACAACGAUGAAGGUUACUUCAUUGUGAAAUGUAAGAACAGGGAAGACAUGGAGCUGGUUAUGGAACAAGGUCCCUAUUUCAUUUACAGUAAACCGGUAUUUCUUUGCAAAUGGACCACUGAAUUUGAGAUGAAGGAAGAUCUAUUGCGUGUUCUUCCAAUUUGGAUAACGUUACCUCAGUUGCCACUGCACCUAUGGGGGGAAAGGAGUAUUUUGAAAAUAGCUAGUGUGAUUGGUAAACCUAUAACAACAGAUGAAUGUACUGCGAAGAAAUUACGAAUCUCUUAUGCUAGGGUCCUGGUUGAAGUGGAUAUUACUCAAAAUCCUAUAGAAACUGUUGACAUCAAGGAUCACAAAGGAAAACUCAUGGAGCAAAAAAUUGAAUAUGAAUGGAGACCAAGCUACUGUCAGUCAUGCUUGAAGAUUGGACAUGAUUGUGCCACUAAGAAAGUUCCUGGGAAAAAACUAGUACAGGUGUGGAAACCUACCAAGCAAACUGAGGAGACACUGAAUAGAAAUAAGCCAACUGAAACUAAGGCUGCCAAGAAGAUUGAAGAAAAGCAAGAAGAACCACAAAAGGAGCAAGAAGAACCACAAAAGGACCAAGAAGAGCCAAAUCAAGAACUGAAUCCUGCAGAGUGGACUGUUAUUACAUCAAGAAGAAUGGAAAAAGGUAAAAGAGAAAUGAUUCAUACUCCUAAAAGUUCAUUUGUGCCUUACCAGAACACAAACACUUUCACACCCCUUAGGAUUGGAGAUUGUCCUAAGGGGAACACACCAUUUGAUUAA